CAUCGGUCAUUUUGCGACUACAUCCCGGUUGACGAGGACUUCCAGGAACCAUUGUCUGCAUUCCCACUGGAUCUCAAUGACCAAGAAGAAGACUGGGCGUUCCAAGGUGACGAGGAGCACGGUCAGCUCCAAGAGAGAUGAUGCAAAGAGUGACCACAGUCGGCAACUCCUGGAAUUUGCUCCUUCAUCUCAUGUCGAGCAUGAACCAGGUUUAGAACUAGCACUCGGCGCAAAGCGUAUUCUAACUGGUCACCAUGUGCCCUCUUCGACAACCCUCCUUAUUGUCUUCUUCUCUACCGCACUUGCAAUGAUAGCCUUCGCUGUGAUCGCCUACAAGUACAUCUUGGACGUGGGCUCGUCUCAAGUCAUCCAGUUCCCUUGCACGUCCACCGAAUGCAAGGCAGCCAACGACUACCUACAUGGAAAGCUCGCCAAACACAUCGAUCCUUGCACAGAUUUCUACACCUUUGUGUGCCACUCUUGGAUGGAACACAGCGGAUCGUUUGUCGAAGACACGAGGAGGAAUUUUGCGGAAGCGGUUCAUAACGCCCUUCUUCGUCAACGGCGUCCGGAGGGCAACCAGUUCGGGAUUCAUCUCCUCUUCGAUUUCUACAGGUCAUGCUACGCAUACAUGGACGCGAGGCUUGGAGGAAUUCCGAACAACACUCUCGCGUACCUCAAGGAUUGGAAUCCCGUCAAGACGCACAAGGGUGUCCUCUUAAGGCUCUACCAACUUUCCCUAGACAAAGGAAUAUCGACCAUUUUCACCGUCAACUUCGCAAAGGUCGGGCAAGAAGAGCUGCUACGCGUCACUACUGGGCAGCCCCUUCUGUUGAAGACUGUGUAUCGCCCCGUUGGGCAAACGUUCAAGGAAUACAUCGACCACAUAAUCCGAAGCCUUAUUCACGAGCGUGAUCGUCCUGAGAUCCACCACGAUGUACGCGACAUCGAUGUAACGGUGCACGCUCUGUACAAGAAAACGCCGCGUAUACAACCGUACGUGUUCAGGCAACUAUGCGAUCUGAUACCUAACACAGAUGAACACGACUGGCUGGAGCAUACCAACAAGAACCUCGGCUCCCUGCGACAAAAGCAAAGCACGACCAGCGACAUCUUGAUUGGUGGCAAGGAGCUCAUAGUUGAAGUGGUGCAGGCCUUGGAAAACUACAGCAUCGAUAGUGUCCACAUGUACUGCAGCCUCCAGCUGGCAAUGGAGAUAUUGAGAUACGAUUAUUUUCGCCGCUUCGAGAUAGUAAACCCUUUCGACCGCGUCUGGAUGUGUUUGUCUACGACCAUGGCAUACAUAUCCUACACUUGGCCGUUCCUUGUAGCCAGCCUCGCGACGAACGUUACAAACUACAAUCUUGUAAACAUUACCUUCAACGCUGCGAGACUUGCCAUGAAAGCGGGCCUAGAUCAGAUUCAAUGGAUGGAGUUGCCCUCAAAACUGGACGCGCGCCAGAAGCUGGAGAAGGUCCUACUGCUCAUUAUAGAACCGUCGCACCUUUACCACCUCAGCAGCCUCGUGGAUUACUACAACCCGAAGUCCCUUCCAAGCGACUUCAUCGAGAGCUUCGACAUCAUGUCUAGUCUAAGCGCCAAACUGCACCAGGUAGUCUUUGGGCAAGAAAGCAACGUAGAUAUAGGCCGCUACCAGCUACGUGGUGUUGUGCAAUAUUUGGAGUCUGAGAACACUAUCGUCGUGCCCACCGCCAUGCUCAUGCCGCCCAUGUUUUACCCGCACAACGUGGACAGUUCCUUCAAUUACGGAACGCUGGGAGUUCUUAUCAGCAAAUUGUUCGCGUCCACCAUCGGACCGUCGGGGUCCCUUCGUAUGCCAGACGGAACGGAGGACGACUGGUGGACUGAGGACACACGAACUGACUUCACGAAGCAUAUAGAGUGCUUGGUGGUCCAAUAUACUCUACUUGAGACCAGCACAACGCCGUCAGACAACGUUGUAGACCAGUUGUUCCUGUGGACCUUCGCGUUGAAGCACGGGUACAACAGGUUCCGGAGGCUCCUGAGAGGUGACCUCAAGUCCCAGCUGAGACUAGCACGGCAGCAGACCUUCUUCAUACGUUUCUGCAUGAUGUCUUGUGACUCUCACAACGAGAAAAGCGAUGAGCGGCUGCCUAAGAAGUACCGCUGUAUUUUACCCCUAAUGAAUGUCCCGGCGUUCACAGCUGCCUUUAACUGCAAACCCGGCUCCCCUAUGGCGCCUCGGAAGCGUUGUCCCUUGUAAGGGGCUUCAACAGAACGUGUCUGGUCUGCUACGCAACGAUGCAAAAAGAGACUACCUACACGCAUUGAUCGGAAGGACACGGCUUUUGUCCACCUACCAUAUUGUACGCCUAAUAACAUACGAUUUUUACUCUUCUGCUCGACUUUGCUCUGGUUCCUUCACUCUCCUGAGAUUCGCCUUCCGCUAUGAUUCCCGUUCGACUUUAGGCAUUGCAGUACAUUGCACGGAACAGCAAAAAAAAAAAAACGUAAUUGGAAACAACAUUCCUUCAUUUUCUGCGGCAGUUAUCAACCGCAUAAUGCCGCAGAAAUGGCGUACGUCCGCCCCCCCCCUGCCCCGUCUGCAAGAAAUCGGGGGCAAAUGUGGUAUGUGGUGAAGUUCAUUUUGAGUACACUCAUGGAACCGCACGUUGUAAACGGCCGGCCUUUUUGGAAGAGACUCAAUGACUCCAAAAUAGAAUAAACAAAAUACAAAGUACAAAAAAUACGUAUACAGCUAGGACUUGAGAUGUGAGAUGCACCCCGGUGCUGAAGUGAGUUUAUUUACA